AUGGCCCAGCCCGGUGAUGAAGACUACAUCCCGCGCCGCAAGGCGGACCUCCAGGAGCCCCGCGCGAUAACCUACCCCACGUGGGAGUACGAGGGAAUGAACGAGCUCAAGUCCGAGAUCAUGCGGUGCCGGGCCGAUUCCGCCCACCCCGGUUCCGACGCUGACCCGUCCUCCCGACCCUUCGCCCGCGCAGUCGUCCGCCGUAACAUCUGGUACUACCGCGACCGCACCGGCCUUCCCCGCGGCCCGAUGGACAUCAACGUCCUCCGCAAGGCGUACAUCGGCGGCAUCAUCGACGGCAACACGCUGAUGUGGGGCAACGGACUCGGGCACUGGGUCCCGCUGCGCAACAUCCGCGGGAUGGACGGGAACCUCACCAACCCCAAGGUUCUCUUCCUCAAGUGGAUCCACGACACGUUCAUCAUCACCAAGGCCCAGCGCCGGGAGAGGCGCAACGAGCUGUACCGCCAGGGGCUGGCGAAGUCCCCGGUGAUGAACCACGACGAGGUUCGCGAGUGGAAGAAAACCCGCGAGGAGAAGCUUCGCAGCGGCGAGGAGGCGCUGAUGCUUUCGCUGACGCUCGCGAUGCCCCUGGGUAAGGAGAUCGGGAGUCUCGGCGCGAAGAUGAAGAAGGCGUUUCGCGGGAAGAAGGCGGAGAAGAAGGAGGAGGAGGGCGUGAUCUCCGCCUAA